UGAUCACCUACUUGAGAAGUCUCAGGGUAUCAUGCCAUGUACCUAUAAAUUGGAAGUACGUAGCCAACUAAUAGCUGAUCAGUUUUUCUAGAAAAACCGAAGCUGGCAUUGUACAUAUAUGGACUGGACUAGUCUAGAACAUGUUUCGAUAUCAGCUACAUAACUCGCACGCAUAUCGUCUCCUCUCUUCUAAUCAACUCACCUUCCAAACUAAUCGUGCCACCGUCGAGGACGACAGAUCAGUCAUCCGUACAUGAUCAGGCUGGUUGUCCAGGUCUCCUGCGGUAUACCGUCUGUGUGAUAUUCCGCAAAACCAAAUCAUAAUUACCAACAAACCAACGCUCUCCGGCAACCUCCCUAGAGACCGCAAGGGCCCUGCCCCGCAUCUGGGUUGUGACAAUCCCAAGCUAUCAAGAUGCCAUCUCUACCCCCCUCACGCAAUGACGCACAUGUAUUGAAUCAAAUCAUCAUAUCGCCCUCUGACACAGACUACCUGGAUCAGUUGAUUCCGUCCAUCAAAGAAUACAGUGUUGGCAACAGGACCUCUCAGCUCUUGCACUCUCUAGCAAAAUUUGCCAGCGAUAAAGAGACGGAAAUAGAAAGCAUCUGCAAUACCAAUCAUCAAGAAUUUGUUGCUUCAGUCAAUCAACUCCUUCGUAUUAGAGAAGGUACGGUUAGCCUAACAGCUGAGAUUCUGGAUCUCAACCAAUCUAUCCAAGCGAGUACAGAAAAAUUGGCAGAGCAAAAAAGAGCACUAGUGGACUCGCGCAGUCACCGACAAAAAAUUGAUGAGACAUCCUAUGCUAUUCAAGACUGCCUUGAAGUCCUGCGCCUUGCCAAUCAAGUCCAUGAUUUGCUAGCCAGAAAAAAUCAUUAUGCAGCCCUGCGCGCCCUCGAGGAGCUACAAAGUGUACAUCUUAAAGGGGUCACACAAUACAAGAUCGCUGAGUUGAUCCAACGCUCAGUGCCUGCCACACAGAAGAUAAUCGCUGAAGCAGUCAUGUCUGACUUGAACACUUGGUUGUACAGAAUUCGUGAGAUGUCUCAAUACCUGGGCGAAAUAGCUCUGUAUCAUACCGACCUGCGAAAGUCGAGACAAAAGGAAAGAGCUGAGACGUUGCCCUACUUAGGUCAAUUCAAACUUAACUCCGCCAUUGAGCUUGUCUCUGAUGAGAGUGAAGAAUAUGAUUUACUACAGAACGACGAACUCCAAGUUGACUUUACGCCACUAUUCGAAUGCCUACAUAUCCACCGAUCCUUAGGGCGUAUAGACAACUUCCGCAUCGAAUAUGCUAAUACGCGCCGCCGGCAAAAGGAGCUCUUGCUACCGACAUCCAUAACUCUGAUUGACGAAGAUGGGGCUUGUCUACAUAACUUCCUUGAAGAAAUGGCCGGAUUCGCGAUCGUGGAGCGUUCAACCAUGAAAAGAAUUCCGGAUCUGAGAUCACCUGUUGACGUCGAUGAACUUUGGGACUCAAUGUGUCAAGCUGCUGUAAACUUGAUACUAAGGGCACUUCAUGAGGUCGAGAAUGCCGAGAACUUGCUGAAAAUCAAGAAUCUUAUUGCAUUAUUUAUGCAAACAAUGAACACAUGGGAUUUCCCCGUUGGAGCGUUCGAUUCAUUUCUGUUAACACUCUUCAAAAAAUAUGCCGACCUCCUCAAGAAGAGGUUUAGCGAGGAUUUUCAAGAAAUCGUUUCGACCGAUGAUUACAUGCCUAUGCCGAUACAGACACUCGAGGAAUACGAGAAGGUACUGAAUGUUAGCUGGUAUACGCCUGAGAAGCCACACGAAGAACAGAUAUUUCCUUGUGUCUUGCCGUUCUCCCAGAUGUAUCCGCUGUGCUGCAUUGACAUACGUAAUUUCCUGAACCAAUUCUACUUCUUCGCCAAUGAUGAUUUCACGCAUGCCAAUGUGAUUGAUGAAACACUGAAAGAUGCAUUGGACGAACUCCUCUCGAACAAAGUCUGCGACACUCUGGUUGAACGUCUGUCUUCUCAGUACCUGGGACAAAUUGUGCAGAUUCUCAUCAAUCUAGAGCAUUUUGAACAUGCAUGUCGCGAGCUUGAGCUGCUGCUUGCGGCGGCAAGGUCGCAGAACUCUUCGUGUGAAGUAGUGAUUUUGAAAGCCACCGAAAAGUUCAAGAGCAAUAAAAAGGCAGCCGAGAAGCGAAUCUUCGAGGUAGUCAACUCUAAGAUUGAUGACCUUAUCGAGACCGCGGAGUACGAUUGGAUGGCACCUAGCCUGCCGACAGAGCCGAGUAAUUACAUGCAAACGCUGACAAGGUUCCUCUCAAACAUCAUGAACUCAACGCUUCUGGGUCUCCCCACAGAAAUUAAGGAGCUGAUAUACUUCGAUGCCCUUAGCCAUGCUGCAAAUAUGAUCCUGGCACUUCCUCUUUCUCCCGACGUGAAAAGAAUCAACCCAAGUGGUGUGCUAGCGCUUGCUAAAGACGUCGAGUACCUUUAUCAAUUUGUGGACAGCCUCGGUGUGCCCAUACUGCGGGAGAAUCUUGACGAGUUACAACAGACGGUGCAGUUGAUGCAGGCGGACAACACAGAUGAAUUCUACGACAUAUCCACACGAAACAAGAAGUAUGGACGUGUAGAUGCCAUCAAUGGCCCUGUCCUGCUCGAGAAGAUUACGCGUUCUGUGCAAAGCUCUGCGAAAACUGACAAGUUUGCCACCUUGUCUUCGAGGUUUGGAAAGAAGUCAUAAGAAUGAUGCGGGUUACUCCAAGACUUUCUUCCAACAAAUCAGGGAUAUCGAAGUGUCAUCGACUACAUAAAUCGCGUUUGACUGGAAUAUGUCAUUAAGGGGGCUUGUAGGUUGAGUAAAAAUCCUUAUUCUACCAUUGCGUUUCUUGACAAGGCCUAUCACUCCUUCCGAUUCCACAUAAAUGUCAGAACAAUUGAAAAAUGCCGAACAGAAU